AUGAGCACUUCGGACCUAAGCGUUAGCGGCCGCGUGGUCGACAUCACCGUCGGCGCCGCCGGUAAGGUCGGCGAAGGCGUCAACUCCUAUUACGUAUACAAGGUCUCGUCGGCCGAGGACGUAGUGGUGGAGCGCCGCUACUCGGACUUCCUGUGGUUGCAGCACCAGUUGUCCAAGCAGUGCGCGGGCUACGUGAUCCCGCCACUACCAGCCAAGGUCGUGGGUCUGCUACAAGGAUCCGAGUUCCUUGAACACCGUCGCGCCGGCCUUGAGCGCUUCCUGCGCAAGGUCGUCCACCAUGACGAGCUGAGGAACUCUAACUUCUUCCGCAGCUUCCUCGAAUGCUCCAUCGUGGAGCUCACGGCGCUCAAGGCCGAAGCCCAGCGUGCCAACUCGCUCAACGCCACGUCCAUGGCCUCCGUUGUGCAGCGCACGCAGCAGCUCAACAACUGGUGGGGCAAGACGUACCAGCGCAUGGUGGAGAACGACACACUCAGUCUCUUCGGUCCGCGCAACGCAGAGGACGGCGAGAACAGCGGCAUCAUCGAGGACCCCGAGUUCACUAAGGUCGCCAAGUAUGUGGCCAAGCUGCAUGCGCAGAUCCAGUCGCUUAAGACUAAGGUACACACCGCCAGUCAGCAGAACAAGCUGGCAGCUGGCGCUCACUGUGACCUCAUCGAAUGCCUCAAUUGGGUGGCUGACGCUGAGGAAGAGAACGCCGAGAUGCCCACGUCCUACUACAGUGCACUGCUGGCCAUACUGGACACGCGCGCGCGUCAGAUGGAUGCUGAACUGGAGGCCUUCUCCGCCAGUGUCGACGACAUCGCUCGCUGGAUUAAGGCUGUGCAGAAGGCGCUGGAUGUCCGUGAGGACCGUCGCUAUCUGUACCAGGCGCAACUCGCGGCGCACCGCAAGGCGGUGAACGGCGACGGCCCGGACUCGCCGUCAGCCACCCGUCUGAGCAAUGACCUGGUCGCUGCCAAGGACGAUUUCGAGCGUGUACACGCGCGUGUGAUGCGCGAGGUGACGCGCUUCCGCGGUCAGAAGGCUGUGGAGCUCAAGAAGCUGUUCCUCGAGUUCGCCCAGCUGCAGCUACGCAACUCGAAGGAGCUCGAGAAGAUCGUGACCCAGAGCACUGAGGAGCUGGAGACACCCCUGCCGGCUAAGCUUGUGUACGCUGCACAGACGCCUGCUUCCUGCUCAAACUUGUUCGAGUCGCGCGACUCGUUCGGACUGGAUAAGAACGACGUGCUUGGCAAGACCAAGUCCACGGCGUCCACCCAGUCCCCAACUGGCAGCAGCAGUGUCGACAUCGUGUCCAAGGCGGACCCAGCCGCCGCUCCGGAGAAUUACUCGGAUGUCCAUAUUUAA